CAGCCAAUCAAAUCACAGGAAAUGAAGGCACAGGUUUUCCGGCCUAAUGAGGAAAAACACACAACUCCAAGCCGCAAGACGAAGGGGAGAAGCGGCUGCUCGUGAAUAAUUAUACUGCUUUAGCGUUCCAAUUUAUUGGCAUAAUCCACCAGUUGGCUAUUGAUGUGACAUGGCAUCUGUCUACUGAACUGCUCCAUCUCCGCCACUAUAAGCACCAAGCAUUGGUGUGCAACUUCCCAGUGAAUGCAACAUCAUCACCAUGGAAACGGAUCCAGAAGUUAUUCCUAUCUGGCAGAAUAAGCCUCAUGGAUCCACCCGUAGUGUGGUGAGGAGAAUAGGUUCCACUCUUCCACUUAGACCUCCUCAGAGAGCAUGUUUCCAGGAACUACCGGGCAUGCCCAGUCUUCGGCCUAGGGAUGGCCCCAUUGUGCCUACCUUGGCCGACAUAGCCUGGAUUGUUGCAGAUGAAGAAGAGACGUAUGCCAGAGUGCGGAGUGACAGUCGACCUCUGAAACAUGAAUGGCGGCCCACGCCUCUCCUGGUGCUCCACAGGAACUCAUCUGUACCCAACUUCCGGCGUGAGGGCAAACGGGUGGAGGGGCUCAGGAAGCCUGGGGUGACGGCCAUGAACCGUACCACUGCCCUGCAAGACGAGCUCAGCAGGCUCCGUGCACAGAUCGCCAAGAUUGUCGCAAGCGAUUCUGACUCCAACCCUGUGACCCCUGACCUGCUCUCCCCUGACGACACAAGUAUGAGCUUCUCCAUGGCGCCCUUCGAGACAGCGCCCUAUCAGCCGGCUGCUACAGCUGCCGCUUCCUUUGUCAUUAGUGAUGUCACGGAGGAGGAGGAGGAAGAAGAGGAGGAAGAAGAGGAGGGAGAUGUGGUCUCUGUAGUGUCGGAGCUGGUCCCUGACCCUCUUCUGCCCGUUUCCAUGACGGCAUCAGCAACCUUUGACCUGGACAGACCGAGCAUGGAGUUCCGGGAGGCGGAGGAGGAUACAGUGUCUCUAUCAAAAUCGACCAGCUUUGCUGAUGUUAUGGACAUCCUGAAGGACAUGAACCGCAUGAAGAUGAGCAAAGACCGUUACAACCGAGGCUGUACGUCCCUCAGAGAGGAGGACUCCGCUUCUCUAAUUUCAGAAGUUCUGAGAAAAAAGUUUGUCCUGAAGGAAGAAGAUACAGAAGCUGUGAAACGGAAGUAGGCUGAUUACGUGUUUAUCAUCGAUACCCAAUCCUGCUGCUCCAUGUAAGUCAUGGGAGGGUUCUAGAAAGUACUUUGUUUUUUAAAUAUUUUGUAUCAUGAGCUCCUGAACACGUGUGGCAAGUUAUCAUGGGGAAUGUUUUAGCUCGUUCUUAGUUGUUGUUUUGUUAUUUUCUCAUUAUUUUAGGCCUUUGCCUGUGGAAUAUAUACCCGUGGAUCCAUGACUUUGCUCCUCAGGCCUGAGGCAAUAGCUGUUGGCUAGAGCUAGAAUGAAGCCCCUGUGCCUCAGACAUUCAGUAUCUGCUGAGUAUCUGUGAGGAAGAUCUUCCAACUCCUGAUAACAAUAAUCGCAUAUUGCACCCAGUUAGUUUCUCUCUGGAAAAAGGACUUUGGUGCUAAACAUUUUUUUGAAUAAGUUCUCAAAAGACUUUUUUCCAGAAACCUACUAUGUCUGGGCUAUUGUGAUUUCUCAUGCAACUUUUUAUUUCAUUUUGUCAAAGGACAUAGUGUAGGGGCUGAUUUCCAAACAAACAUAACGAUUUUGGACUUAAAAACGGGAAAGUCUUUUUAAAAUGUUCUUUAUUCAUCCCGGUAUGAUGACAGUUAUUUUUUCUUUUUUAUAAAUUCUUCAUAGAGUCUCAAAUGAACUUUUGUUUUGUUUUUUCAGUGUUAGGAAACCCUCUUGCAGUUGAAAAUAUGUUAUCUAUAAAUGAAACUGAUCAGAAAUGUACUGUGUCUGUGUGUGUGUGGAAAACCUCAGAUCUUUGCUGUUAUUUGCAUUACAGGUGUUUACAAAUAUGCACAGCAUUGUGUACAUGCUGUUGCUUGCUCCACUGCACCUCUCAUGCCUGUCCUCUUUUUUUGUGAUUAAUCUAUAGAUUAAUGGUCACAGAACUACAGGACUGAUAUAAAAGAGUUAACUGUGGGGUAAAAAUCCAAGGAGAUGUGUGAAUGAAACCCAUCACUGUUUCCAGUAAAGCCAAUGACGGAUUUCCUUACACACACGUUUUUGGUUGCCACCUGGUGUACAUACUUAAGUACUGCCCGAAACCACCUUUUUAUGAGCCUACGUUGUAACACAUUCUGUAUGCAGAGUGUUGACAAAGCCACGAGUAAAAGUAUCGACGAUGACAUUGAAUAUUCUUGUCUCGGCCUUACCUCGGAUCUGUUGCCUGAUUUUAUUCCCUUAUUAGUUCAAGUGCCGUGGGUUUGGUUAAUCAGCCCACCCCUCUUUGCCUGCCCUUUCUUAAAUGUCUCCAUCUUCAUCCUCAUUAGGAUUCCCCUAUUUACCUCUCGUGUGUGUGUGUAAAUGCUUAGUAUUUAAUUAAAAUACCCCCACAACAUGAACAUGCUUUCCCUUAAGCCAGUUUUACCUCCUCGUGUCACUUGUUUUUUUUCUUUCUGUCGCGUUAAUGCCUGCAUGACGGGGUGUCGUUUUGCAGUGUGAAAACUAAAGUGUGUGUUGCUCUAUGCGGUGGAGUUAAAUGAUGUUCUGUCCUGCUGGAGUUUCCCCUCAACUUGUCCUGGGAGAUUGUUUUCAAUAGUUAAUUUCCUCUUUGGACAGAGUGAAGUAUACAAUGACUGAAUGGGAAAACUACUAUAUGCAAGUUUAAAUAUAUUAAUCGCGUGUCUUUACCUAAGAUGAUGAACCUUACACAGCAUACUCUGCCAACUGCUUUACUAGUCCUGCUAACUUAUAGAGUGGAGAAUUUAGUUGAGGAUUUUCCAGUUUUCAACUUAAAAAGUUGGCUUUUAAGGGAUUUUCACCAUUUUACUUGCGUGCAGGACGGAACCCACCACCACCAUAUGUAUGUUUAUUUUAUUGUCAUAAGGACUUGUAAAUAAAGAUUGGCUGAUGUUUUGAAACUGA